GGCAGCCAGCGCGAGGACUAAACAAAGUCCAAAUGUUUUUGUUUAUGUUGAGCCAAGUUUGGAUUGAGCUCAAACUGUCUGUAACUGCUUUUUAGAGGAUGAGAAUCAAAACUUGAAUGCUGAGAAACAACCAUACUUAAGACUGAUGUCCUGUAACGAAGUGUUUCCAUCAAAGGAUGAGGAGGAGGAGAAAAAGGAGCUGGUUGACAUGGAGGGAGAAAAUGAAGAUGACCAGUUUGAAACCAGAUGGAGCGAAGAACUCAGGCUGGUCCUCGUUGGAAAGACUGGAUCUGGCAAGAGCGCGUCUGGAAACACCAUCUUGGGCCGUCACCAGUUCUUGUCACAGAUCAGCGCCAGCUCUGUCACCCAAAUUUGUGAGCUGGGGAGCUCUGAGCUCAGUGAGGAGGAGGAGGAUGGCCAGGCAGUCAAACACAAGAGGAAGAGGAGGGUAAUGGUGGUCGACAUGCCAGGGUUUGGGGACACUCACCUUAGCAUGGAGCAGACUCAUGCAGAGAUUGCCAAGUGCGUGUCUCUCUCGGCUCCUGGUCCACAUGCUUUCCUCCUUGUGGUGCCAAUAGGGCGAUAUACAGAUAAUGAAAACCAGGCUGUGUGCCAGUUGAGUAGUAUUUUUGGGGAGGAUGCUAUCUUUCACCACACAGUGGUCAUUUUUAGCAGAGGUGAUGACCUGGAGGGCAUGGAGAUUGAAAAGUACCUGAAGGAGACUGCCCCUGUUGGGCUCCAAGCUCUAAUUGACAGGUGUGGAGGUAGAUACCAUGUACUCAACAACAAAGACACCAGUAACUCAGCACAGGUUAAAGAACUAUUAAUGAAGGUGGAUAAGAUGAUGAAGCAAACUAACAGAGGGUUUUAUUGUAGUGGGAUGUUUUUAGAGGCAGAGGCUGCCAUCACAGAGGAGCAGAGAAGGAUGCUGAGGGAGAGAGGCAAAGCAGAGGGGAAAGAAGAAGAGCAAAACAAUAGUGGAAUGAAACGAAGAAGGUGUGAUUUGGAGUCUGACAGAGGUGGUGAGAAGGAUUUCAGGGUUGAGCGAUGGACAGGGGAGAACAAAAGCAAUGCCUUCAGCUUUCUGAGGGACCAGUUCAGAGGCCGGCGUCAGGGUGGCAGCAGGGUGGUCAGCAGGCGACAGUCUCUCCAUUUGUCCUUGAGUCGCAUGCGGAGGGAGGCUGCCCUCUCUGCUAAGGUGUUGGAUCGCAUUAAGAUUCUGGUUGCUGCUGGAGCAACGGGCAUGGCAGUCGGGGCAGUGUUUGGGGCGGCUGCCCCUUUAGCGGCUGCAGCUGGGGCAUCUAUUGUGGGGAACUCUGUUGGAAUUGCUGCUGGUCAGUUAGCUGGGAUGUCAGUGGCAGGAGGUACGAGUGUUGGGAAAGCCGUGGGUGCAAUAGUGGCGGCAGCCUCUGGGAAAACUGCGGUGGCUCUGGGGGCAGCAACAGGUGGAGUGUUGGGUGGUUCUGUGGGAGUUGUUGCUGGUGCUGAAGCUGCCAGUCCACGAGAGGGCGCUUUAGAGGCUCUUGGCCAGGUUAGUAUGAUCGGAGCUUCUGCUGUGGGAGUUGCAGCAGGUGUGGGAUGCACCAUGGGAGCUGGGGCCGCUUUAGGUGCAGCUCUGGAAGGAGCAGCUAGCAGCACCGCAGCCCUCAGUGGAGCUGAAAUUGUAGCAGUAGGUGCAGCAGAUGUAGCGACUGCAGCUCAGGGUAAUUUAGUUUCAGCAGCAACACAACAUGCAGUAACCUCUGUUGGGAGUGUUGCUGCAGGCACUGGGACUAAUCAAUGCACUGCAGCCUUAGUAGCUGCAAAUGUCCCCGUGGUUGCAGGGUCAGUUGGGGCUGCGUGUGAGCUAACAGGGCCCAGUGUGGCAUCAGUUGCUGGAACGGCUGUAUCGGACCGCUGGGGCACUGUGGCAGCAGCUACUCGCAUCUUGAGCGCUGUGAGUGAGAUUGGCAAAGCUGCAGCUGGCAUUGCCCUGGCUGGUGGACUGGUAGUGAAAGUGGUGAAGGAAAAAGUGAGAUGUGGCACAGGCACAACAGAGACCACUUACUCAGAGAAGAAGUCUUAUGAGAUCUACUGGAACAAAUAAACUCUGACAAAGGCUGGAAUCAAAUUCCAGUGCAUGAAAUCAUAUCCUUGUUAUUCUCACCACCUUCCUAAUUCUGUGAGGAAUAUUAAAACCAUGGAGGUGUAAGAUGCCCUGCCCGAUCAGUAUAAUAUAAAACAAUCUCAUAUGAGCAAAUUCAGAGAAAUUAAAGAAAGAAAAUAGUGAUUUUUAACUGCAAAUAUUGGUUAAAACCAUUUCAGAUAAAUAAGGGGAGUGGCUUCUGGUAUCUUUGCAUCAUUUAAUGAUUUCAGAGACAUUUUCAUAUAAAGCAGAUGUAAAGAAGUUGGGACAAUUGCAAUUAAAGAAAACCUUAACAGAGAAGAAAAUUUGUUUUUAGGGUCAUAUGUUAAUCUGAUUAAUUUUAUCAUGUGAUGUGUGUUAAAAACAAAAACACUGAAGCAUUAUAAUCUAAAUGCUGAAAUGUUUGCACUUAUUGAUCAGUGGUACUACUUUGUUUAACAGGAAGAGGAGGUUUGCAGUUAUGUAUUAACUGGUUUUGAUCAGUAACAGCUGUUUUCAUUCAGUGUAAAUUUACCACCAGUUCAGACUGUUUUUGUUUUUGCUGUUAACUGUUUGUUAUUUUUAGACCUAAUGUUUUCACAGCUCUCCCACUAUUUAGAAAGUGGGUAUAAACAACUGAAAACUUUACAGUGCUUAAACUCAGUUUUUUUUUUUGUUUUUUUUUUUUGCGGUCUGUGAUUUUAAAAAAAUAAUAAAAUAAAAAUUUGAA